AUGUCUCAAGUUCAGAUUGUCAGGUCUUUCAUAGAGGAGCUAUCAAAAAAUUCAAGAAAGCAUCCAGACAGAAUUUCAGUUGAUAAAAUCAAUGGUUCUGCUCUUUCGACAGCUAUAGGCUUACCAGAGACUCCAUUUCCAAAGGAAGAAUUCAAAAAUGAAGAAAAAAAAGUGCAUAUCAUUGCGAAAACUGUGCGUCCUCCCGUGAUCUCUGCGAGUGCUGAAGUCUCUACAAGUAGCACUAUUUUGGAACUUAAAGAGUCUCUUGCUCCUCAGUUGAAUGUUGCUGUAACUUCACUUCGACUAUUGCACAAAGGAAAGCCCUUGGUGAACUCGAAAUUUUUAGCUGAUUAUUUUGACCCUGAAGCGACAGAGGUGUCUUUACAGAUGUUUUUACUUCAAAGCUCUUAA